AUGGAGUAUUGAGGGCAUGCACCAGCACUGGGCCAAAGAGGGAAUUCCCAAUCCUAGUUUUAUUGGGCCGGAAUAAGUAGCCCAUAACCAAAUCUAAAGAAAGCCAUCAGAAUUGGGUUCUUUAUCCCGCUCUCCAUGUCUCGGUGUUUGUCAGCGAUGCCACAACCACUAAUCAGCCAACACGUAUGAAGAACCAGGUUCCUCAAAUUUUGGAGCGCAGAGAACCUUCUAGUGAUGGACAAAUGUUGCCUGAAGAAUGAUUGUGUUACUCGUUGAUUCGCCAUUCUCGAUCAUCCUUUGCCUCCUCCUCUUCAUCGUCCUCUUUCGCUUCGCUCUGGUGUUCGUCUACCUCAUACUCCUCUUCGCUCUCUGCUCCAACCUCGUCGCCGUCCUCUUCGAUCUCCUCUGAUCCACCCCAUGACCACCCAAUCGGCCACCGAUCCCUCUCCAUCGCCCCCCACCAAAACGGUGAGGAUUUUGAUUAAGGGAAGAGUCCAGGGUGUCUUUUAUCGGAACUGGACAAUAGAGAAUGCCACGCAAUUGGGCUUGAAGGGUUGGGUUCGCAACAGGAGGAAUGGUUCUGUGGAAGCUCUCUUCUCAGGGGAUCCUGAUAAGGUUCAGGAGAUGGAGCAGCGGUGCAGGCGGGGCCCUCCCGAUGCUCUGGUUACUGGGUUCGACGUAUCCCCUUGCAACGAAGAUCCUGGCACUGGAUUUGAGCGCAGACCAACUGUUUGAAUUUUGCUCAUUCUAUUCUAUAUCAAGAGGUUUAUUUUAACCAUCUCAUUAUGUUCCUAUGUACAGUUUCUUGUUACGGAUAUGAAUUAGUUUCUAGUUUUCAGUUUUCUAGAUAGAUUUUGCUCCAUAUGAGUUGGUGAUUUUCAAAUCCUUAAGACAUAUUAUCUAUCUAUCUAUCUUGUAUGGCUAGGUUGUAUAAUGAAUGAUAUAGUCCUGCUUGAUACGGUAA